CUUAGACACAAUAAAUUCGUUUUUAUUAAAUUAUUUAAGUAUCUCAUCUGAAUUCUCACUUUUGGUUAUCAAUUCCUGAUAUUAAAGGAAUGUUUCCACGCAAUCGCCGGUUAUAUGUUAAGCUACUCAAGUUUACGUGCCUAAUUUUAACAAUUCUAUUUCUUUUCGACUAUUUUGGUGUUUUCCUUCACAUUUUUGAAGUAAAGUUUGAAAAGUUUGAGUAUGAAUUGAAUGGAAAUAUUAAUGCAAUAUGCUAUAAAGUAAGAAAAGGUGAAAAGCCAGACGUUGAGCCAAUCAAUAUUGCUGUACAUAGCUAUAGACAUAACAAUGAGAAUAAAUGCAAGGAUGAGUUACAGAAAGGUCUUGUGCCACACCUUUUAAUUAUAGUCAAGUCUAAAAAUGACCAUUUCGAGAGACGAAAUGCUAUCAGGAACAGCUGGGGAUUUGAGAAAAGAUUCUCGGAUGUGAUUAUAAGGACAGUCUUUUCAUUAGGAAUCGAUCAACAAACGCAUAAUAAUCAGCUAUCAGAGAUACAGAAGCUUGUUGAUAUUGAGUCGGAGAGAUAUAAGGAUAUUAUUCAGUUCAAUUUCAUUGAUGAAUACUAUAACAACACUCUUAAGACCAUCCAUGGCAUGAAAUGGUGUAAAGAGAACUGCAUUAGAAGCAAGUUCUACCUGUUUGUUGACGAUGAUUAUUACGUAUCGAUUAAAAAUAUUCUAGCAUUUCUAAGGAAUCCAGUGAACUAUCCUGAGUAUCUAGAAGCAUAUAAAGAACAAUUGAGGAAAUUAAACCAAAGGAAAUUACAGGAGAUAAAGUUAAUUAAUGGAACAAACCAUACAGAGAUGACAAAUAGGAACUUAUUGAGCUUCAAUAUUGAACUUCCUCCUAAUGUGAAGCUAUUUGCUGGAUAUGUAUUUAAUUCAAGACCACAUCGUCAUCGGAGCAGUAAAUGGUACAUCCCACUUGAUGAAUAUAAAUAUGAUCGAUGGCCUACAUACGUUACUGCUGGAUGUUUCAUGUUGUCAAGAGAAGCACUGCAAGAAAUGUAUUGCACGAGUCAGUACACAAAAUAUUUUAGAUUUGAUGAUAUUUUUUUGGGGAUUGUUGCAUUGAAAGCCAAUGUUGAGCCUUUACAUUCUGAAGAGUUUUAUUAUUACAAAGCUGCAUAUUCAGGUCCUGCAAGCUAUCGUUAUGUCCUUGCAACACACGGCUAUGAAAACUCGAAUGAAAUGCUCAAAGUUUGGAAUGAAGUACGAGCUAGUGGAUAUGCAUAAUUUAUAUAGUAAAUAGAAGUUUUGAUCAGACGAAUUAUAAGCGUAGACAUCGUAGAUUGACUACUGAGUAGUUAUUAUUUGUUGAAGAUAUUAUGGAUCUCGAAUUUUAGUAACAAUAUGAAUAUCUAAUAAAAAUCUCGAAAACACUUGUAGGUAUUUAAACAAUUUUUCAUUUAUCUGAAAUAAAAGUAGUGAACCUUUGUGAUCACAAG